CUGUGGCUUCAUUUUAUUGCCCCUUUCGCCAUAUUGGAGACCCUACGCCCGGUGACAUCAUUAGAGCAUGUUCCUUCCGUCCGACGCUGUGUGGAGCUGCUUCAGCCGAACGUGAAUUGCUAGCAGCAAACCAGGAGACAAAGCAACAAAGUGAACCCCCCUUUUGGAUCAAUCAAAUGUGUCAUAUUUAACUGUUUAGCAGCCGAAACCCAGUGAUCACAUCGUAAUACUACAUGGUCCUGCAAAAGGAGGAAUUAUUCCCAUCAUAAAUGGCGGACAGGAACAAGCAGGCACCCUGUGUUCUCAACAGCUGCACGCACAUGACAACAACUGCUUAAGAACUACAAUAUCAAUGACUAAGCCUGAAAAAGACGUAGAUUGCAUUUGACAACGCAGACCUGAUUACUCUGCAGAAACCCUUGGGCUGUUGCGAUGGACGGGGAGGACGAGGUCUCUCACAUGAAUGAGGAUAUGGUUAAUGACCCUAACGGCUCUGUGGAAAGUAAGAAAAGAGAGGCAAAAGGGACGUGUCUGAAAAUUGAAGGCCAGGAUGGCUAUGUGUUCAAAUCCUACAGCAUUAACCCUCAUGAGACUGCAGAUGAACAGUCAUCUGCCUGUUCCUCAGUAACACUGGCUAAAGACUCUCCCUCUUCUCUCCAGGGGGCAGAACAACAUGUAUCUUCUCAGGUUGAUAAACACUUAGAGUUGGAUGAAGCAAUGGAGAUUAAUCCAGCUUCUCCUGCUCUUUCAAACAAAAGCCUAAACACUGAUAUUGAGGGACUGACCCAGAAAGAAAAGCCUGAAAAUGAUAAUGAAGCAAGUAAACAUAUCAAAGAGGAGGAUGCAGAUGCCGAUGCAAAUGGUGUGGAGGAGGAAACCCAAGAAGAUGAAAGAUUAUCGUUUGAUAGUUCCAUGGGCCCUUUUGUCACUAGAGAUAAUGAUGACUAUAGUAAUUUGCUAAGUGGAUACACAAGCACCCUUUAUGAUGUUGCUAUGGACGCUGUCACUCAGAGCCUUUUGUCGUCCAUGAGGAGCCAUGCAAACCCUAGGAAAAAAUCUCCUGCCUGGAAUCAUUUCUGCAUAUCGCCACGAGACAGUACCAAAGCAAUCUGUUUAUACUGCAUGAAAGAGUUCAGUCGUGGUAAAAAUGAGAAAGACCUCAGCACAAGUUGUUUGAUGAGGCAUGUACGAAGGGCUCACCCCACUGUGCUUUUACAAGACGGAGGAGAUGCCUCCUCAAACAAUUUGACUAGCUCUCUUGCCACAUCUUUGAUACCUCCUUCCCCAAACUCACCAAAAAAUGGAGACUUGACAAAUAGCAUUAUUACUCCUGCCUCAAAGAACACUUCACCGUCCACCUCCUCAGCUGAAAAUUCAGACCCGUCAUCCAAAGAAGUGUUAUCCAAAGUUGAACCAAAACUAGACUCCUGUGCCAAUACUGACACUGCUUGUGGCACGCUCUCAUCCUCACAUUCCAGUGAAAAUAAUGGUGAAGACAUGUCAGACCUAGGGCCUGAGCGCCUGCCUGGGACCCCCAAAAGCUCUAGUUCCCGUCGCAGAUCGGCUGUAUGGAAACACUUCUACCUGUCACCUGCUGAUAGCUCCAAAGCAGUCUGUAUCCACUGCAUGAACGAGUUUAGCCGGGGUAAGAAUGGGAAAGACCUGGGGACAAGCUGUCUUAUUCGUCAUAUGUGGAGGGCCCACAAAGAGGUUGUCAUUGAGGAAAAUGGGCAGGGCAAUCACAUUCCACCGCCCUAUACAAACCCACCCUCACUUCUGUCCCGCACACAGAUGCAGGACUCACUGGAAAUCAAAAAAGAAUCACCCCUUCUCCCAUCCUCACCGGAAACUAUAUUAGAUGAAUUUCCCCAAAGUAUGGAAGAAAACAUGGAUGUGAAAGAGGAAGCUGAUGAGGUUUUGAAUCUCUCUGGACAGGAGUCCUGUCUCAACCUCUCCUUCAAAGUUCAGGGGGAGGACACACCUUUAACUUCCUCACCAUGCGACCUCUCUGAGGGUCCUAGCCUCAAUCAGGAUCAUUCAGUUUUCCAGCAAAACAAGAAAAUCAUGAAACGGGUGAAAUCAGAAGUGUGGCACCAUUUCAUUGUAUCGCCAGUUGACCAGCUCAAAGCACUGUGUCGUUAUUGCCCGUGUGUCAUCAGCCGGGGGAAGCGGGGUGACUUUGGUACAAGCUGUCUGAUGAGACAUCUUAUGAGACGCCACCCGGACGUCCUGAAAAACCAAAAAAGCACAGAUGACAAGGAACCCUCACCCCAUCCCUACUCCAGUCUCACUGCAACAGACACAGUUUCAACCAAAGAAACUGAGAGUCCUGCCAGUGAGAAAAAGCCACAAACCCUGUCUGUUUUCAGUAAAAAGACAUCAAAACUGUGGAACCAUUUCUCCAUUUCACCUGCUGACCCCACAAAGGUGGUUUGUUUGCACUGUAGUCGCACAAUAAGUCGAGGUAAAAAAACGACUAACCUCGGCACAAGUUGCCUUUUCAGGCACAUGCAGAGGUUUCAUGGACACGUUCUUGAAAGUAACAAUACAAUCUCAGGUGAUGUGCCGUCUGCUGAAAUUCAUGUCAAACAAGAGCUCAUGGAUACUUCUGUGUAUGAAGAGAACGGUGAGAGGUUUGAUGAACACCACCCGGUUGCCAAAAAAAUCACCAAACUCAUCGCAGAAAUGCUUGCACUGGAUCUUCAGCCAUCAGCCAUGGUAGAGAAUGCAGGUCUGAACAGACUACUAGAGUACCUCCAGCCUCAGUAUUCUCUGCCUUCCUCCUCUUAUUUCACCAGCACUGCCAUACCAGACAUGUACGAAAGGGUGAAGGAGGUCAUGCUCACACACUUGAAAGAGGCCGAAAGUGGUGUUGUCCACUUCACAACUAGUAUUUGGGUCAGUAGCCAGACAAGAGAAUAUCUGACCCUCACUGCCCACUGGGCGACAUAUGAGUCAAGUGUCAGACCUCAGGGCCAGGACUUUCACUGCUCUGCUCUCCUUAGUGUCUCCCAAAUUGACUGUGAUCAUGAUAUGCUCAACAUCCAGAAGCAGCUUGAGUAUCUGUGGGACUCAUGGAUCACCUCAUCAGGGCUGAAAAAGGGGUUCAUUGUAACUGAUAACAGCGCCAUCAGACACGCUUUGGAGGAUCGAGACCAUGUCACCGUGCAGUGUUUUGGACACACUAUAGACCUCAUCGUUAGCGAAGCCAUAAAGAGCCAGAGAAUGGUUCAGAACCUGCUGAGCAUUGCACGAAAGAUCUGUGAGCGUGUGCACCGCUCAGCAAAGGCCAAGGAGAAGCUGGCCGAGCUCCAGAGGGUUCACCAGCUGCCUGAGAACCAACUGGUUCAGGAUAUCCCUUCCAAAUGGAUGACCUCUUUUUUCAUGCUCGAGCGGCUCGUGGAACAGAAGAAAGCCAUUGACGAGAUGUCGAUUGAGUGCAAUUUCAGGGAAAUGAUCAGCUGCGAUCAGUGGGAGGUGAUGAUGUCGGUCUGCAAUGCACUGAAACCUUUUGAAGUUGCCUGCAGGGAGAUGAGCAACCGCACUGCCACUCUUGGGCAAGUCAUACCACUCAUUCACAUCCUAAACAGAAAGAUAGACCUGCUGUUUGAUGAGACUGUGGGCAUAGACAAUAUGCUCAAAUCUUUGAAGGAGGCCAUGGUGAGCAGGAUGUCUUCAACUCUGCACGACCCACGAUACACCUGGGCAACCAUGCUAGAUCCGCGGUACAAGACCUCACUGUUCACAGAGGAAGAGGCAGAGCGAUGUAAACAAGACCUCAUCCGAGAACUGGAUUUGUCUUUUCCUACCUCAGCUGCAGCUAAGCCUCCGCUGCCCAACGGCUGCAGUGAGGCCUCAGUUUCAUCCAACAGCUCCCACUCAAACAAGGACAACCUCUGGUCCCUCAUGGCUGACAUCCGACACAAGAUAAAACAGGAGGAGAAACCAAAAUCCUCAGAGUUGACAGUGCUGGAGUACCUAGAGGAAGACAUACUUGAUCAAAGCUGUGACCCCCUCGACUAUUGGAACCUGAAAAAGUUCCUGUGGCCCGAACUUGCCAAAGUAGCUGCCCGAUACAUGGGCUGCCCUCCCAGCAUCGUCCCAGCAGAGACACUGUUCAGCACAGCUAGUAUGAACUGUGCCCUAAAUCAGCCCAGGCCUUUACUAGAAAACAUGGAGGGUCUGCUGUUCCUCAAGGUGAACCUCCCCUUGAUUUAUUUUCAGUACUGAAGAGUACAGAGCAUUAACUUGCAAACCCUUUAUCAAGGACCAAGUUACAUCGCUGUGAAAUGGGUCUUUUGUAUCAGGCAAACUGUAAAAGAUAUCAACUUAUACACUGAUAGAUGGAUUCUCAAUGCAAAGGCCAGACUUUGAAGGUUUUUAAUUGUAUUCAGUGUGUACUACUGUUUAACACUUUCGAGCUGAUGUGAUCACAAUGUCUCAGUCAGAAGUGUAUCAGGGAGGGAGGGUUUUUUCUAGCUGUAGGGGUUGUUGAUACAGUAUGUGUUUGCUUGUAAAUUGAUAUGUUUUUGUUCUGUGUCUGCUCUCUCCUUGUGCCUUAUCCAAAACUACUUCAGGUCAAAAUGCUGUAAAUAAUUUGUUAAAUUGCGCAAAUCAUGUCAGGAUUCUGUUGAUUAUAGUUUAAAAAUAGAUGCUGAGUUGUUUUCUGAACGAAAACAUGGCCCAAAAAUAAAUGCUGUGACUGAAAGAUGUUUUAAGUUUAUGUUAUUUAAUUCAUUCAUUGUGAAUUUGUGGCUCAUGGUACUGUCAGUUAGAAAUAGAUUAUUAUUAUUCUUUCUUUUUUUUACUUUCUGAAAUGUUUUUAAUGAGAUCAUGUAUAAUAUUGCUGUAUUUUCAGAAUAAGCAGUUUGUUUGGAAUAUACAAUUUGUCUCUUAAGCACAAUUUAAGUUUAUGUCCAAGGGAUUAAAUUAUGGGUUUAUUGUUGAGUAAAACAAUGUACUGUACAUUUUUAUAUAAAUGACUUCUGAACCUAAUUUGAUAAAUGUUUGAGCAUUGAGACUGGAACCAUGCAAAUUUUGUGGUCUUUGUAAAUAAAGGUUUUCCUUAUGCAACAC